CACCUCACAAUAGGGUGUCAACCAGCUGCAAAGAGCAAGUAGUGUAGAGAGAGAAAUUUACAGUAAGAAGCCAAAAACCAUCUCACACACACAGAGGUCUUUCGGAGAACAACAAAACCCUAGGAUUAAUUAUUUUUGUGUGUCGAUUUUUUUUCAACUUUUGGUUGAUUAUAUCUCACAUUGUCAAGAUCUUACUACCUAAUUAUCCAAGGUGCGCGUCUUCACUACUGAUCUUACGAUUCAUGUCGUGCAAGAUUGAGGGGUGUAGGUGAGAGGGUUUUGGUUGGUGGGAAGUGCAGAAGGAGAGGAUGUGAUUACGAACCUUUGAUAAUGCUGUCAAAGAAAUUGCUAAGUGACCAAUGGGAUUAAAAAGAGGAGGUGCAAGGUGUUGGAGUCACAUGCAGCCAAGUUUCCAUAGAGGAACUGCACUGUGCUCCAUAAAAGUACUGGUCUCCUCAACUAUGGCAAACUCCAAGGGACCAUCUACCGUUAGAAACAUGAUGUAUAAUGGGAAGAAUCCAUUAUUGCCUCCUAAAAGUCCAUUUCCUAGCAUCUCUCCAUCAUAUACUGAAUACAUUCCUACUUCAGUGAUUGGUCCAAAAUCUCUUCCAAAGCCCAGAGAAGGAAAUCCACAUCAUCAACGUACUUCUUCUGAAAGUUUUUUGAUAGAGGAACAACCAUCUUGGUUAGAUGAACUCCUCGAUGAACCAGAAACGCCUUUGCGUAAAGGAGGUCAUCGUCGCUCAUCAAGUGACUCUUUUGCAUAUAUCGAUACAGCUAAUGCUGGAAGCAUGAACUAUGCAACUCAAGAUGAUAUCAAGUUCAAGAAUAUGAUUCCAUUGCCUUUAUGGGGAUCUCAAGACUUUGACUUUCAUAGGGACAUGCGGCAAAGUUCUUUCUAUUUGGAUCCAAACCCUUCUGGCAAAACCAAGAACAAGCCAUGGGAUGCACCUGUGAAUUCGAUUGCACCUCCUCGUGGCAUUCCUUCUAGGAAUGUUGCCACCAUCCAGAAUGCCGGAUCAGUGAACUCCUCACUAGACGCUGAUAGAAAUCCAACUUCAUCUGCUCAAAAGUCAGAUGUUGAAUCUGUUUCUCAAGACCCAAAAGGCCCAUCUGAGAAAAAAGACACCCAUGUUAAGAAUCUGGCAUCAGAUACAGACACAAAACGAGCCAAGCAGCAAUUCGCUCAACGUUCUCGUGUGCGGAAGCUUCAAUACAUAGCUGAACUUGAAAGACACGUUCAAACUCUACAGUUGCAGGCAGAAGGCUCUGAAAUUUCUGCUGAGCUUGAAUUUCUCAACCAGCAAAACCUUAUUCUCAGCAUGGAAAAUAAAGCCCUGAAGCAACGGUUAGAAAGUUUAUCUCAGGAGCAGCGGAUCAAAUAUUUCGAGCAUGACGUAUUGGAGAGAGAAGCAGGAAGACUGCGAGGCCUGUAUCAGCAGCAGCAGAAGCUGCUGCAAGCAAAACAGCAGAUAUCUUCUAACCAUCAACGUGCCAAGAGCAGAGACCUCGAUCAACAGUUGGCUAAUCUUUCCCUGAAACUCAAGGAAACAAGUUCUGGUCAGGAUUCUCUCUCCAACCAGCUUCAUAUGUAGAGUAAUCAUUCUCGACUUCUUGUUGUGUGUGCCAAAUUCUAACCACUCCUCUCAACUGAGGAAGCAUGCUGAUAAUAAAAAAUACUCCCCUUAUGUGGAGAGAAAGCCAGACUGGUCAAGCGGUCAUGUGCUACAAUGCAUCUCCUUGUGUUGCUUGUGUUUCUGUUUUCGCUUUUGAUCCUUGUAAUUCAAUUGUAAGCGGCCAUCAUCUCUCCUAAAGUUAGUGCCAUGUGCGCCUGGUAGUCCUCGCCCGAAAUUAGGAGUUCUGGCGAAUGACUCACCCGAGGUGGUUAUCACUCGAAAAUGCUAGGUUUAUUGUACGUCGAGUGAUUAAUCUGUUGCCUCCUACAAGUUGGUUGUUACUUUACUAGAAACAGUCUUCAUUUGUGUAGUCAAUGUUGCAUGUGUAGAGUUUAGUUUCAUUUCCUGCUAUGGACAUACUUUUUCACAUUUGUAGCCCAUAUUGUUAUGUAAUGAUUCUUGGGUGGCUUGCUAAAGCUGCUAAUCA